AUGAUAACAAGUCGAUGUCCCCAUAAAAAAUUAUUUAAUUUUAAAUUCAUCUAACAAAAUCAAUAAUUUUAGGAAAAACAAAUACAUGAAUCAUAUUAUCAAUAAGCCUCUUUGUUUAAAUCAUUAUUUAUUAAUUAAAAUCAAGUAUUGAAUUUAGAUAAUCAGAUUUAAGUUUUCAAUUUUUCUAAAAAUGUUUAUUUUAAAUUAAGAACAAAUAUUAUAACCAGAACUUUAUUAUAACCAAUCUAAAACUAAUUGAUUCAGAAUUUUUAGUAAAAAACUUUGUUUACCAUAUAUCUUUUUCAAAGCAACUCAAAAUACUUUCUAAUAUUUUAGAUUGUUCAGCUUUGA